CCGUAUCUACUGACGACAACAUAGAAUGUGGUGCCGAAGACGUAAACUUGAAAACAGUAGCAUGUAACUCGAAUCUUAUCCGCAGCCAAGAUGAAGCCGCAAUUACACUGGUUCUUUGUCUGCAGUAUCAUACUCCUCAACACCCUCCAGUGUGAUGGAAUUGGCUUUACAUUCGGGUUUUCAGCUGCAGCAGCCGCCGGAGCUGCCUUGUACGCGGGACUCAACAAGCUGGGCUGUCACUUCUACGAGUGCUGCGAUCCAAGGGCUGAUUGGGUCAAAUUUAAUGCCACAGCUUUGGCUAUAGACUUUCAACACCAUCUCUACGGGCAGCACCUGGUGAAAGAUGUUGUUAUGAGAGCACUGAAAGGCCAUCUCUCCCAGGAUAAUCCAAGCAAGGCCUUGGUGAUGAGCUUUCAUGGAUGGACAGGAGGAGGAAAGAACUAUGUUGCAAGGUUUAUUGCAGAGAAUAUAUAUAAGCUGGGCAUGAGAAGCAAUUAUGUCCACCUCUUUGUUAGUACUGUUCACUUCCCUCAUGAACAACAGAGUGACAUCUAUAAGCUUCACCUUCAGGACUGGAUAAGAGGAAAUGUAAGCCAUUGUGAGAGAUCACUCUUUAUUUUUGAUGAAAUAGACAAGAUGCCUCUCGGGAUGAUAGAUGCUGUAAAGCCAUUCAUCGAUUACCAUGAGAGCAUUGAUGGAGUAGAUUUCAGAAAAUCCAUAUUCCUUUUCUUGAGUAACACUGGUGGACCAGAAAUCACAAGAACUAUGCUUAAGAUGUGGCGUGAUGGAGUGAAGCGUGAAGACGUUACUUUGAAAGACAUGGAAAGCUUGAUAGAGAAGGGAGCUUUCAAUGAAAAAGGUGGUCUUCAUCGGAGUGAAUUAAUACAACAUAGCCUUGUGGACCACUAUGUGCCCUUCUUACCUCUUGAACGCCGCCACAUUGAGCUGUGUACAGAAGAUGACUUAAAGAGGCGAGGACAUACACCAACAAAAGCUAUAAAACAACUUGUAGCAGAUGAAAUGAUGUAUUUUCCUCCAGAGAACAACCUUUUCUCCACCACUGGCUGCAAACGAGUCUCUCAGAAAGUUGGGUAUAUUCUAGCAAAUGAAGUUUAUGAUUCUCUUUUUGAUUAAAGAGUUACCAAAAGGAACUGGACUAUAUGUUACUUUAUUAAGUCUAUAAGGUAAUUAAUAAAGCUUGAAGUAACUAAGCAGAAAAAAAAUUCAAAGGAGGUGCUCUGUGUUUUCAUUAUUUUUACCAAUCCACUGUAUAGAAUAUUGGUAGUCCUGUUAUAUGUUAUAGUAAAUCAAUUUUUUUAUUAUUGUUUUUGGUUUUCUCCUUUUUAGAAAUGAAACCAAACAUGUUGAUAUGGAUUUAUUUUUUUAUGCAAAAAUGGUCUGUAUGGUAGAUUUGAAGAUAUUUCUUGUUUUUCAUAUAUGUCUAAGAUAAACAAGAACAAAUUUAUUUUUAUGUAACUGUAUCUUUAGUGGGAUGCUGUUUCUAAAAAUGUACACAAAAUUUUACUGGAGAAAACCUUAGUAAGGCUGAGUUGGUACUGGCAUUGCUUUAAAACACAAUGUGUUAUCUGUAUGAUAACAGAGGAAGGGAGGUUACAUGUCCAAUGACGGAUUUUUAAAUGAUCCUAGUCAUAGUAUCAUAAUAAUGUGCAGCUUUAAAGAAGCUGAUGCCAGAUUAGUGACAUUACUGAAUUUUUUUUUCUCUGUCCACUCAUUUGAUUAUUGUUUUUAAACACCAAAUUUGCAUAGCUUGAGGCCCAAUGAUGCUCCCUAAAUUUGAGAUAGCUUUUGAAUCAUGAUGCCCUAAAAGUGUUUCCAGGUGACAUUUUCUGGAGAGCCAGGAGUGCAUGUAUAGUGCACUGGUCACUUUGGUUUUCGUCACAAAUUUUGUUUACACCAAUGGCUUCAGAAUAAUUUUAUCACCAAGGAAUUAAUUACUAGACCUUCCUAACUAACUAUUCCUCUAUUUUUAUUUAUUUAUUUUUUCUAUUAUUAUUAUUAUUAUUGUAAAUGAUGGUAUAAUAAUAUCAAUGAUAAGAGUAAUGUGUAAAGAGUUAAGAUAGGUAGUCUUAGUAUGUGAAACCUUGGUGACUAAAAUGCUUGUGAAGCAUCUAUAUGUAAACAAAGUUUAGUGUACAUGCCUAGCACAGUGGGUCUUUGAAUACAAUAAGUUCACUUAAGUUUCUUUAUUGUUUAUAUAACUGUGUAACAGAGAACACUCAUCAGUCCAACUGCCAAGCAGACUUUGUAGUGCUUUGACUGCUUGUGUGCACAGAUUGUGAGGUAUUGCAACAUAACUUAAUAGAACAAGGUGUCACGUGUAUUUUCGGCAAAUAUUUAAAUGUAGUGAUGUGAUAUGUGCAUUAGGUGCCUGCACAGGACCUUAAAUAAGCAUGUAUCCCGUGCACAAUUGAGUUAUAGCCAUGCUUUGAAAUAAUUUGAACUUUUUUAACUCUUCAAUAAAAUCAUGGAAUUAUACAUUGGUCAUUGUUUUAAGUUUUAUGCAUAAUUAUUAUUUUUGUUACUUGUUUAUGACACUUAAAAAUCAUGAAAUCUAUUGUAGGUAUAUCCAAGCAUUUUCAAAAUAGGGGUCCUGAGAUGAAAAAUUUUGUUUCAUUAAAAUAAAAGAGUAUAUGUAUAUAUGGGUUUAAACUUCAAAGCAGUACACAUAAGUAAUAGUGUUUGCACUAGUCAUUUUUGUACUUCUAUUUGUAUGCAGCCAUUAUCCUAAUACGCAGUUGGAUUAUAAAGGCCUAUUUUAGUAGGUUUCUUAUUCCAAGAAUAUGUUUGCUGAUAUUUAAUGUAUUCACUGUUGACAUAUGCUGUAUUUGAUAUUUCUGUUGAAAACAAAAUUCUUAAAUUGGAGUUUAUCCUUGUAAUCGUUAUCUGUACAUUACAGAAAUGGGUAUUAAUAAACAGUUUGAAUGAAU